GGGCCCAGGAGAGCCGAAUCGGGAAAAGAUAGCAAAGCAGACAAAAUCUUUGCUGGUCACAUGCGGUCCCGGAGUUCGGGCGCAGCGGGCAAAUCAGUGAUCAGGCCCAUUCACGCCCGGGGCUGCCGAGCCGCUUAUUGGUGGGACAAUCCUGAUUGA